AUGAAGGCCCUUCUCUCCCUUCUAACGGCUGUCGCCGUAGCUACGGCCACUCCUCUCGACCUGUCUCUCCGAGCCCUCCCCAACGCUCCCGAUGGCUAUACUCCCGCCAAAGUGUCUUGUCCCGCGACACGACCCAGCAUUCGAGGUGCCGGGUCUCUUUCCCCGAAUGAAACGUCCUGGCUGGAGAUUCGUCGCAAAAACACCGUCCAGCCCAUGACAGACCUGCUCGGGCGACUCAACCUCGGCUUCGACGCAGCGGGCUACAUCGACCGCGUGUCCAGUAACGCAUCCAACCUGCCUAAUAUCGCGAUCGCCGUUUCGGGGGGUGGAUAUCGUGCUCUGACCAAUGGAGCUGGAGCUAUCAAAGCCUUUGACAGCCGGACCCAAGGCUCGACGCAGUCGGGACAUCUCGGUGGUCUACUGCAGUCCGCGACAUAUGUAUCCGGACUGAGCGGCGGCGGAUGGCUCGUGGGGUCCGUGUAUCUGAACAACUUCACGACCAUUGCGGACCUCCAAUCCGGGGAUCAUGGGAACGUCUGGCAGUUUUCCACGUCUAUCCUGGAAGGGCCCAAGGCCAAACACCUGCAGUUCCUAUCCACCGCCGACUACUGGAAGGAUUUGCUCAAAGCGGUCGACGGGAAGAGCGACGCGGGCUUCAACACCUCGCUGACGGACUACUGGGGCCGCGCGCUGUCCUACCAGUUCAUCAAUGAUCGCACGGGGAACGGAGGACUGAGCUACACCUGGUCGUCGAUCGCGUUGACCGACCCCUUCCGGCGUGGAGAGAUGCCGCUCCCCAUCCUGGUGGCCGACGGCCGCAACCCGGGCGAGCUGCUGAUCGGCAGCAACUCAACCGUCUACGAGUUCAAUCCGUGGGAGUUUGGCUCGUUCGACCCGUCCAUCUUCGGCUUCGCGCCGCUGGAGUACCUCGGCUCGCGCUUCGACAACGGCCAGCUCCCCCGCGGCGAACCCUGCGUGCGCGGGUUCGACAACGCCGGCUUCGUCAUGGGCACCUCCUCCUCGCUCUUCAACCAGUUCAUUCUGCGGCUGAACAAGACCGAUCUCCCCGACCUGGCCAAGGACGUCUUUUCCAAGAUCCUCACGGCCAUCGGCCGGGACGGGGAUGACAUCGCCGUCUACGGCCCGAACCCGUUCUACGGGUACCGCAACUCCACCGCGGCCUACUCGCGCAGCCGCGAGCUGGAUGUCGUCGACGGCGGCGAGGACGGCCAGAACAUCCCGCUGCACCCGCUCAUCCAGCCCGUCCGCCACGUCGACGUGAUCUUCGCCGUCGACUCGUCGGCCGACGGGCCCUACAGCUGGCCGAAUGGCUCCGCCCUCGUCGCCACCUACGAGCGAAGCCUGAACAGCUCGGGAAUCGGCAACGGCACCGUCUUCCCCGCCGUGCCAGACGUGAACACCUUUGUCAACCUCGGCCUGAACACCCGGCCCACCUUCUUCGGCUGCGAUCCGGCGAACCUGUCCGCGCCGGCGCCCUUGGUGGUAUACCUGCCAAACGCGCCGUACAGCACGCACAGCAAUACCUCCACCUUCCAGCUGGCGUACUCGGAUUCCGAGCGCGACGAGAUCAUCACAAAUGGGUAUAACGUGGUGACGCGGGGGAAUGCAACGGUCGACAAGUCCUGGCCGAGCUGUGUGGGGUGCGCCAUUCUGCAGCGGUCGAUGUACCGGACCAACACGUCCAUGCCGGCGGUGUGUAACAGUUGCUUCAAGGAGUAUUGCUGGAAUGGGACGGUGGACAGCAAGACGCCUCGGACGUACGAGCCGACCCUGCUGCUGGGGAGUACGUCGACCAAUGCGGCGUACACGCAGGGGGUGACCUGGCUGGUGGGCAUCCUUGCUGUUGGGGUGGCAAUGGGAAUGACAGCAUAG